AUGCCGCCAAUGAAACUCGACCUGGCGUCACAAAUCGGCAUAUACAGGCAGAGAAAUCUGCGAAAACUAGCUGAGCGCAGCGUACAUAAACAGGAAGGUACGGUCGCGAAAACGAUCUGCCGGCCUGUAUCGGACCUGCUCGACGCGGUGCUCAGAGCCGGCGUCAGCGCUCUGCAGUGGGUGGGCUCGGAAUCCAAGCCCGGAGGGUCUAGACAGGAGCCAGAAGGGAGAAACACGACGCCUGAUGAGAUGAGAGCAGCGAAGUUCGAUCUGGAUCGCGCUUUGAAGGCCCUAAGCAAGCUCAAGGGUGGCAACAAUCGGCAGGUUAAUGCGCAGCAACGAGCCACGUAUUCGACAAUGGCCAGCAGCAGAAUGGGUAAUCAGCACCAAAACGGUUAUUAA